AUGUUCAAAAAUCUCAAAGAAAAACGUGCUGCAUUGUUUGAAUCCAAGUCAUCCAAUGCUUCCGAAAGCGACCGCGGUCAAGAUCUAUCGUCGAUCUUGGACCGGUCGCAGCGUGCUGACUUGACUGUCCUCGUUGCUGAGGUUGCUGAGUCAAUGCGCGUUGGAAUUCUAGAGCUCUUUGAAAAGACCAAUCCCAAGGAUGAGUCUCCCAGUCGCUCCAGCCCACAAUCCUCCCGGGAGGUGGAUCCCGUGGAAGACUUGCCGCCCUUACCAGCGAGACCACAUGGCAAUGCUGCAGCAGGGAACAGCGGAAGUCCACACCAAGGCUCUCCGGUCAAGGCGUUGAGCACUCAAUCCAAAGUCACUGCCCUCUCCAGUUUUGAGGACUGGAGAGAUUCCGUGUUGUUACGGGUCGGCACAGUUGUCAAUAAAGAUGAUGACGACCAGCAACAAAAACAAGGCCAAGAAGAACUGAAAGAUGCUGCCAGCUCUGAUGAUCUGCCACUGGACGAGGAUAAAGCUAGACUGGCCAAAUUACAAGAAAUCUAUCAUCCCGUGGAAACGCCAUUGGUUAAUCUCCCCAAAGCAAAGAAACUGCUCAUUCUUCACUCUCUUCUUCUUUUGAUGCUCAGUUUAGAGCACUACAGCGCUUAUUCGAGGGUCUUGAUGUUGAAUGUCGCAUCAAGCCUAAACAUAGAUAUCAACAUUCUUAAUCAAGACGAAAUCAAGGUUGCUCGAGGGCUGCUACAAACGGCCUUGGCGCUCUCGGCAGACCAAGACACAAAAGAGCAACCGAAAAAAAAGGAUGAUAUGAGAAAAUGGAAGGUCGGCCUUGCAUCUGUGGCUGGGGCAGCUUUGAUCGGUCUCACUGGUGGACUCGCAGCUCCAUUGGUAGCUGCGGGUCUUGGAACAGUUAUGGGCGGAUUAGGUCUUGGUGCUACUGCUGCUGCCGGGCUUCUGGGUACAUUGGCUGGCAGUAGUGUUGUUGUCGGUGGCCUGUUUGGCGCCUAUGGCGGCCGUAUGACAGGUCGCAUGAUGGAAAAGUACGCUCGUGAAGUGGACGAUUUUGCCUUUAUUCCGAUUCGAGGAGAGCGCCGCCGUAAUGUUAAAGAAAAGGAGUCUGCCGAGCAAGAUCAUCGUUUACGAGUUACCAUUGGUGUCACCGGCUGGGUCAAGGAGGAGUCGGACUUCAUGAUCCCAUGGCGAGUGAUUGGUGCCGACUCCGAAGUGUUCGGGCUUCGCUGGGAGAUGGAGCCCUUGAUGAAGUUGGGUAAUGCGAUUUCAGCACUUGUGACUAGCGCAGCAUGGUCAGUCGCUGGACGCGAGGUCUUGUCUCGUACAUUCUUCCACGCGAUCAUGAGCGCGGUGAUGCUCCCCCUAGGUCUCCUGAAAGUUGCCGGCAUCGUCGACAACCCGUUCAGCGUGGCCAAAGCCCGUGCCGAUAAAGCGGGUGAAGUUCUCGCCGACGCCCUAAUCAACAAGGCCCAGGGAGAACGGCCUGUGACCUUGAUUGGGUAUUCCCUUGGAUCUCGACUGAUCUUCUCUUGCCUCCAAAGUUUGGAAAAGAGAAAUGCCUACGGCUUGGUCGAGUCGGUCAUUAUGAUGGGAUCGCCCACUCCUUCCAACACGGAGCACUGGCAAAAGAUUCGUAGUGUCGUGAGCGGACGUGUUGUGAACGUAUUUUCUGAGAACGAUUCGGUCCUCGCAUUCCUCUACCGAACCAGCAGUCUCCAACUUGGUGUCGCCGGUUUGCAGCCAAUUGAAGGUGUUCCAGGCGUCGAAAAUAUCAAUGUCAGCGAAAUGAUUAGCGGCCACUUGCGAUACCAGUACCUGCUCGGCAGAAUUCUUACCCUCACUGGGCUGCAAGAUCUUGAUGCCACUGAAAUUGAACGUGAAGAAGCCGCCCUCGCCGCCGAGGAUAAGCGACUGGAGGAGGAGCUGCGGGAGAAUCAGCGCGAGGCCGGUGUUAAAGACCCGCACUCAUCUGAUGCUCGCGAGACCUUGAAUAGCCAAGAUGGCUUUGGGGAAGACACACGAUUGCAGAAUAAGGUUGAGGCGCAGACUCAGGAAAACAUGAUCAGUCACAGGAUUGAGAUGCUUGAUAUGGACGACGAUGACUAUUCGGCGCCUUUGAAGGAAGACCCCUCCAAGCAUUCUGCGCUCUAG